AUGAUUUUUUUAUUUCAUUUUGGCAACACGAUACAGUUUUGACCACUGAGCUUAUACAUUAAUUUAUAACAAGUCGCCAUAAUAUAAGAACAGUACACCCGGCAUUAUCCUGGCUUCAAGAGAAAAACAGGAGACAGUUGGUUGCCGCCAUCUGUUGUAUAAGCAGCAGGUCAGGAGGUGUCAUGAGUCCAGGAUACUAAAAGGUAAGACAGAACCAGCCUGGUGCAGAGGGGAGGGGGGUCAGGCUGGAUCACAGUGAAGCAAUGAAUGAUAAUAAUACUUAACCUCAAUACAAGCAGCACAAUUACUGUGGAUUAACCUGAAAAUGAGUCUGAUGGCUGUGGAGCUGGGAAGGUCAUUGUCUCUUUGGACAAUAGCCCAGAGUCUAACAUCUGCAUAAACCAAUAGCCUGCACCAAUCAGCUGCUCCAUCACUUUGCCCAGCUGAUAAUCCACCACUGGGGACUGGAGAGGAGAAUGUGCGGCUGACAGGUAAAGCAACGACAUAUCGACAGUAUGUCUGUUUUCUCUUCUACAUGGUCACUGCCCAGUGUCCAGUUUUUUUCUAAUUAAAACAUACUUUGAUUUUUCAUAUUUAUUAUGGACCUUUUCCAUCUCAUUUGUAGUGAUUAUGUCAAAUAAUUGAUUCCAGCUACAUGAACGAUAGCACGUUUUAAUUGAAUCUCUCAUUUGAAUUUCUACCAAACACAGAGCAUUGACUGGCACUGUUUAGCCUCCUAUUUCUUUUUAGUCUUUGAAAAGAAAAACAGCGUUUAUCAUUAUUAUGUGACUGAAUCAGCUGAAUAGAUCUGCACCAUCUGCAUAGAUGGUGGUUUGAUAAAAGUUUUAUUAGUGAAGUUAUGUAAAAACUUCCUGUUGUUUAUGUUAGUUUCUCAUAUGGAUAGCAAGAAUACUUUUAACAAACAUGUCAGUACUUUUUCACAUUAUGAGAUACAACAAAGGCUGAAUGACACCUGAUCCAGGUCCUUAUAGAUUCAAACCAAAUAGCUUUCUUAUAUGCAUCACAACUACUGUAACUCAUGUUUUGCAACAGUCGGUGGUCAGACUGGAAUGAACAGAUGCUUUUCUCUCCUCUGUUACAACCCGAUACCUUAUCAUGCUGUUAAAAUAAUCACAGUGACAGCAGUUUACGUCAUGGACUGUUGGCUUGGAUUGAGGUCAUAACCUUUCCCACAAUGUCAUUCUGUCUCAACAUCUUUUCUGUCAAUCUUCCCUCUCUAUUGUCUAAUAGGUGGAGAGGAAAAAUACAAUAUUUUCAAAUAUGCGUUUGAUUCAUUUAUUGGAUUUCAUUUAGCUCAUUAUUGUUUUUGGUUCAGCAAAGUUUGAGCUUCAUGUCCAACUUUAGGUUUAAAAAUUUGGGUGAGCAUUACAUUUAAUAUCAAAACAACACGUCCUACAUCAAUACUUGUUAAUAUUAUGCUAAAUCUCCAACUCCUGACAGUCAUAGUAUCAGUAAAGUCUUUUAAUGCACCUUUUCUAUUUCCUUCCAAGUCCUUUUUUUUUUCUCCAGUGCCUGUAGGGAAAACACACAUAAAGGUUCUUUUGUUACUUCAUAUAAAGAGCUCAGCUUAUUCCUCCAUCACUGCUGACAUGGUGAAGAAAGCAGGAGUGUAUAGUGUAGGUGUUUUAUAGUGUGCUGCAAAAACUGACCCUACAGGAUGUUUGCACUUUUACAAUAAUGUGUAGAGAAGCUGUCAUGAGAGGGAGCACUAUGUGUGUGAAACAAGACAUUGGUGACCACUUCUUGUGUGCGUGUGUGUGUGUGUGUGUGUGUGUGUGUGUGUGCGUGUGUGUGUGUGUGUGUGUGUGUGUGUGUGUGCGCGUGUGCGUGUUAUCACAUACAAAUCUAUAACAUACAACUGCUUGGGUCACUGUUACAUUUUGCUCUUUCUAUUUUAGAAGAUUCACUUGCUGAAACAACUGCCUGCUGCGCCAGGAUUCGGCAUGUGAGGUGAUGACAGCAGUGAGGAUGAACCAGAACAGUAAAGUUGCCGGCUGGACCACGAAAACAAUGUGCUGAAAGAUGCUAAAACGUCAUGUGAUUCAUUGUUAAAGGUUCGGUAAACGAUCGUCACUGCCACUAGAUGUCGCACCAGACCAGCAGCAUCUCAGACCAAUAAAAAUGCUUCGUCGACCGGCCACAACCCUCCUCCCCUCCCUUCACGUUCUCAGUUAGCGAGGUGUGAAGAAGCUCAGUGAACACACUCAGUGAACACACUCAGUGAACACAGUGAAGACAAACACUAAACACACAACAAGAAGCUCAAUUGAAUAAAGUUACCCUGCGUACAACAAAAACCACACAACCAUCAGCCCACGCUAGCAUUGCCAUGAUACUGUAUCCUCCACAGGAAUGUUGACAGUUAGCCAGCUGACGAUAGCGACAUUUGCCGAAACCAUUUGUAAUAUCGGUAACAGCAAGUUAGCUAAUGUUAUCGUACCUACAGUAGCCAGUCACUAAAGAAAACAGACGUGUAACAUUAUGUAGCCAUCAAGUUACUUAGACAUGUAGGAGAAGAAAAGCCUGUUUGGAGUCCAGCUGGAGCCCUUCAGCAGAUUGUAGGUUUCUCCAUCUCAGUAAAGCCAGACCAGUAUCAGUCGGACUAUAAAAAUAUUGAUGAUAGCAGCUUUAAAUGUUGUUCUUCCAGAAGUGCAGAAAACACAUUUAUACUUUUGUUAAAGCCAGGGCCUAUGGAACUAGUGCAACAAUAAAAGACCUAAGUAGAUUAAAUUUAGCUAUUUAUAUAGCAUCAACAAUGAAUUCAAUUUCUAGUGUAGGAACAUGGGUAAAGCUUGCAGAAAGACUGCGGAGGUCAGAGCACUCAAGUUACUGCGGGGUUCUUAAAAGCCUAUUUCACACAAAGUAAAAGAAAAAAAGAAGGUAAUUUUUCAUGCUUUAACCACCACAAUGAGAUGCCAUCCCUGAUCAAACCUAUCUGCAGGGCCAAAUAUUAGUAGUGGAAAGAGAGAAAUACAUAUUCAUUUACCUCAUGUGAUUUGGCUGAAGGAAGCCUUCAAUGUUGUAAGUUGUACAUAUGUAGGAAAGACUCUGUGUACAGGUUUGGCAAUGAAUACAAGAUAAUACAACACUGUAUUGGCCAAUAGGAGGGCAUUGACACAGAAUGAAGUGGACAAAAUAAGAAUAUAUUCAAUAUAAUGCUUCACUCUAAUGCUACAACACCACAAAAUAACAGCUCUGUGAUACAAUGUAAAGAAAAAGUAAACAUUAGGCAUUCACUUAUUUUGUACAUUAUCUUGUUAUUGUGGACACUCAUAAUCAAUGCAGUUAAUAAGAGCAGGUUAGGGUCAGUGUGGAUGAAAACGGUUCCAUUAAGGGUGGCCAUGUCUCUUAGCGUUAACGUUGGAAAAACUGAAGAGAUUCCCGAGACGCUCGUGGCCGCGCCCACAGAGAGACUGACGCGCACAGCGAAAGGGGGCAGGCUACAAAAUGCAUGUAAAAAAGGCUCAGUGAGAUCAAGCUGCGAGGGAAGACCAUAGGCUGUAUAUAGGGGAAGACUGGACACUCUUCUUCAGACUGACUGACACUCUCCAGAAAGUCAGUCAAUACGGAGUCUAGCGGGGAGAUGGGGGCUCAAUGGGGUCUGGGACUUUUGUAAAGAGGAUUUCACUUUGUUUGAUCACUCUCUACACGGGCAUCAAUCCUCCAUGUAGCAGAACAAAAUGCUGCCUCGUUGGUGAGGGUCAGAAAAUGAACACCUCCUCCUGCUGUGCUCCUCCGGUCAUCAUGUAUCAGCAGAACGCCAGAUUUGACCUCAAUGCCAGCUGUGACUGGCUGGCUCCUCACUGUAACUGGACAUCAACCGACGGAGCGCUGCAGCUGCCUACCUUUUCCACAGCAGCCAAAGUCAGAGUGAUCAUUACCUUUAUCCUGUGUGGCAUUUCCACUUUCUGCAAUUUGGCUGUGCUGUGGGCCGCCAACGGCCACAAGCGCAAAUCCCACGUCAGAGUGCUGAUAAUCAACUUGACUGCAGCCGAUCUCUUGGUUACCUUCAUCGUGAUGCCCGUGGAUGCUGUGUGGAACAUCACAGUGCAGUGGCUGGCUGGCGACUUGGCCUGCAGAUUCUUGAUGUUCCUCAAACUACAGGCCAUGUACUCGUGCGCCUUUGUCACAGUGGUGAUUAGUCUGGACAGACAGUCGGCUAUCCUCAACCCUCUGGCCAUUAGCAUGGCCCGGAGAAGGAACAGGGUCAUGCUGAUGGUGGCGUGGACUAUGAGCGCCUUGUUCUCAGUCCCUCAGUUGUUCAUUUUCCAUAAUGUGACCAUCACGUAUCCAGCCAACUUCACACAGUGCACCACAAGGGGGAGCUUUGUCACUCACUGGCAGGAAACUGCCUACAACAUGUUUACCUUUUGCUGCCUCUUCCUGCUGCCACUGGUCAUAAUGAUUGUCUGCUACACCAGGAUCUUCAUCCAGAUCUCAAAGCGGAUGACAAAGAAAAGCUUGUCCUCCAAUGAGCCACAUCUACGUUGUUCAAAGAACAACAUCCCCAAAGCACGAAUGAGAACUCUGAAAAUGAGCAUCGUUAUAGUGAUAUGCUUCAUAGUCUGCUGGACUCCAUACUACCUGCUGGGUUUAUGGUACUGGUUCUUCCCAGAUGACCUGGAGGGGAAAGUCUCUCACUCCCUUACCCACAUCCUGUUCAUCUUCGGUCUUUUCAACGCCUGCCUGGACCCCAUCAUCUACGGUCUGUUCACCAUACGCUUCCGCAAGGGAAUGAGGAGCUGCAACCGCAAAGCCACAGUGCUGUCAGACAAGGAAAGUAACACAGUGAUAACCGAGUCCUUGAAAUGUACUGCUGCUGCCUUGCCCUCUAAAAGAGGAAUGACCACUGGUGGAAAUGACAGCAACUGUGAACAGGCUGAGCCAAAAUCCACUGACGACAGGCGUCUGACUGUGCUCAGUCAAGCAGAAGGAGGACAACCGUGCUACUUCAGCACUGAGAGCACAAUGUGAUGAUGAGAAAAACAGGAACUUUAUACUGAUUAAUGAACUGGUUAAAUUAUAUCUUUUAUAUCAUUUCAUCAAUUCAUAUCAUUUUUUCAGUAUUAUCUGUUUACUGGAUAUAUUUAUUUCACAACAACAUCUAACAUGCAUGUGUAGAAUAAGUCUGAAAAUAUAAAACAUCCAUCACUUUCUAGACCAA